CCAAAAAGCAAAUGUUUGUUUUCAUGCAUUUUUACGAUAUAGACCAUUUUGUCAUUGUGGCUGUGGUAACUAGUAGAAACCGUUUCGGCGGAGACACAACAGAACAGCCAGCUGCACAGACGGACGGCCCGCGGACAUGAACUCAAAACAGCAGGCAACACGUCUGCAAAACAGGCUUGUGUAAAGUCGCUUAGCGUACACUUUGCACCAUAAUAUCCUAAAAUAAGUGCGUAAUUUGGAAAAAGCUUAUUCAAAACGCCCAAAAUGUGGAUAACUCCGGAGGAGGUGUUGCUUGCCAACGCUCUGUGGGUGAGCGAAAGGGCGAACCCCUACUUCAUUCUCCAGAGGAGAAAGGGCCAUGGCAAAGGAGGGGGCAUCACUGGCUUGUUUGUGGGCACAAUGGAUGUUGUCCUGGACUCUAGUGCCAGAGUGGCUCCCUAUAGGAUCCUGCACCAGACGGGGGACUCCCAGAUCUUCUGCAGCAUCGCAUGUGGCUCCUCCCGGAAGGAGGUCACAGAGCAUUGGGAGUGGCUGGAGACCAACCUACUCCAAACGCUCUCCAUCUUCGACAACGACGAAGACAUCACCACCUUCGUCAAGGGGAAGAUCUCGGGCAUCAUCGCAGAGGAGAACAAAAGCAAGGCGGCCCUGGAGGACGAGGACUCUGGCAAGUUCCGCGAGGCUGAGCUGAAGAUGAGGAAGUUGUUUGGCAUGCCCGACGAGGAGAAGCUGGUCAACUACUACUCCUGUAGCUACUGGAAGGGCCGUGUGCCCCGCCAGGGCUGGGUCUACCUCAGCGUCAACCACCUGUGCUUCUACUCCCUCCUCCUGGGGAAAGAAGUGACCCUGGUGGUGCAGUGGACGGAGGUCACCCGCCUGGAGAAGAACGCCACGCUGCUGUUCCCAGAGAGCGUGCGGGUGAGCACGCGUCACACAGAGCACUACUUCUCCAUGUUCCUCAACGUUAACGACACCUUCAAGCUCAUGGAGCAGCUGGCCACCAUCGCCAUGCGCCAACUGUUGGACAACGAGGGCUUCGCCGCCGACCGCUCGCUGCCCAAGCCCUGCAAGACGCUCAAGAACGUCUCGGCACUCAAGAGGGACCUGGAUGCACGGGCCAAGAACGAGCGCUACCGGGCGCUUUUCCGUCUGACCCAGGACGAGCGCCUGGACGGACACACAGACUGCACGCUGUGGACGCCCUUUGCCAAGAUGCACAUUGUGGGCCAGCUGUUUGUCUCCAACAACUACAUCUGUUUCUGCAGCCGUGAGGAGGACCUCUGUCAGCUCAUCAUCCCCCUCAGAGAGGUGUCCAUUGUGGAGAAGGCAGACAGCAGCAGCGUCUUGCCCUGCCCCGUGUCCAUCAGCACCAAGAACAAGAUGACCUUCCUCUUCGCCAACCUCAAGGACCGCGACUUCCUGGUCCAGCGUAUCUCCGACUUCCUGCAGCGCACCCCGGACAGUGGCCAUUCGGGUUCUCCCAGCCCCAGUACCACCCCUCUCUCCUCCAGCCUCCCCACACCCAUAGGUGCAGCAGUGGAACCGUCCCAGGGGCACCACUACAGCCCCAGCCUGCCAACAGCCAAUCAGGGCCUGCUCCGCAUCUACCAGAAGGAUGCCCCAGAGGACCACGGACCCAAAGCUACAAAGGAGAAGAUGAAGGAGGAGUCGUGGAACAUCCACUUCUUUGAGUUUGGCAGGGGUGUGUGUAUGUACCGUACCUCCAAGACCAGAGAGCUGGUGCUCAAUGGGAUCCCUGAGAGCCUCAGAGGGGAGCUGUGGCUGCUCUUCUCAGGAGCUCAGAAUGAGAUGGCCACCCACCCUGGCUACUAUGCUGAGCUGGUGGAGCAGGCCAUGGGCCGCUGUACCCUGGCCACGGAGGAAAUCGAGAGGGACCUGCACCGCUCCAUGCCUGAGCACCAUGCCUUCCAGAAUGAGAUGGGCAUCGCUGCCCUCCGCAGGGUCCUCACCGCCUACGCCUGCCGCAACCCUGGCAUAGGAUACUGCCAGGCGAUGAACAUUGUGACGUCGGUACUGCUGCUGUACUGUACGGAGGAGGAGGCCUUCUGGCUUUUGGUGGCUCUGUGUGAGAGGAUGCUGCCUGACUACUACAACACCAGGGUGGUGGGUGCUCUCGUUGACCAGGGCGUGUUCGAGGAGCUGACUCGCGAGUGCCUCCCCUUCCUCUACGAGCACAUGCAGGAGCUGGGAGUCAUCUCCACCAUCUCCCUCUCCUGGUUCCUCACCCUGUUCCUUAGCGUCAUGCCCUUCGACAGCGCCGUGCUUCUGGUCGACUGCUUCUUCUACGAGGGCAUCAAGGUCAUCUUCCAGGUGGCACUGGCCGUGCUGCACGCCAACAUGGACACCCUGCUGGGCUGCACUGACGAGGGAGAGGCUAUGACCAUCCUUGGACGGUAUCUGGACAAUGUUGUCAACAAGCAGACUGUGUCUCCGCCCAUUCCCCACCUCCACGCCCUGUUGACCAGUGGCGAUGAGCCACCGCCUCAGAUUGACGUGUUCCAGCUCAUCAAGUCAUCCUGUGACAAGUUUGGUAGUCUGCGUGCUGAUGUCAUCGAGCAGAUGAGGUUCAAGCAGAGGUUAAAGGUUAUCCAAUCGCUGGAGGACACCGCCAAGAGGAGCGUGGUGAGAGCUAUCAUGACAGACUCAGCCUUCAGUAUUGAGGAGCUAGAGGAACUCUAUGUUCUCUUUAAGGCCAAGCACAUCAUGAGCUGCUACUGGGGGGCCAGCAGCACGGCGGCGGAGCGCCACGACCCCAGCCUGCCCUACCUGGAGCAGUACCGCAUUGACCUGGGACAGUUCUGCCAGCUGUUCGGGGCCCUGGGCACCUGGCUGUGUGGCACGCACACCGCCACGCUGGCCGCACGCCUCUUCCACCUGCUGGACAUGAACAAGGAUGGCCUCAUCAACUUCAAGGAGUUUGUCACAGGCCUGAGUGGGAUGUACCACGGAGACAUGACAGAGAAACUGAAGUUACUGUACAAACUUCACCUGCCUCCAGCAUUGUGUCCAGAGGAGGCGGAGUCUGCACUGGAAGCGGCACAGUUCUUCACUGACGAUGACACUCCACAGGAACCUACCUUCCUGUCUGAUCUGGACUUCCUGGUGCAGGAAGUGACCUCAGGAGAGGAGGUGAAAGAGGCUGGGGACGCGUCGGGAAGCAGAGAUGCAGAGGAGAAGAAAGAGGUGAAGGACUAUAAGUACUACCUGCGGAUGUGGGCCAUGGAGAAUGAGCCCAAGAAGGAGACUAUUAAAGACCUUCGCAGGAUGAACCAGGAACAGUUCAUAGAGCUGUGUAAGACCCUGUACAACAUGUUCAGCGAGGACCCACUGGAGCAGGAGCUCUACCACGCCAUCGCCACUGUGGCCAGCCUGCUGCUGCGCAUUGGAGAGGUGGGCAAGAAGUUCACCAACAACGGUGCCAAGAAACAAACCGACACCACCAAUGCCCAGGCUCCCGCCCCUGCCGCUGAACUUUCCCAACCCGAAAAAGAGGGGCCGAACGGGGAGAGCAGCUCAGGCCAGUCCCUGGUCUGCAGGGCCUUGGCGGAGGCCCAGCUAGAAACGCCGCCUCAGCAGUCGUCGGAUGAAGAAGUGAAGGAUGACACGUCGGUCUCGUCCUACUCCAUGGUGAGCACAGGUUCGCUGCAGUGCGAGGACAUCGCCGACGACACGGUCCUGAUUGGCUGCUCCGGUGACCAGCAGCGGCGAGGCAGCAUACUGGACGGCGAUUGGUCCAUCACCUUCGAGCAGGUGCUGGCGUCGAUGCUCACCGAGCCGCCCCUGGUGGACUACUUUGAGAAGAAGGGAGACAUUCAGGCAAGAAUGGCCGCCUGUAAGAUGCAAAGGGGGGUGGAGAGGCAGGUGAGCUCGUCAAGCGACCACGAAUUGGCCCAGCUCUCGACCUGAGUGGACCCAUCCAGAACUCAACACUCGCUGUCUCUUCACACCCGUAGGGGAAACCCAUCACUGUCCUACUCAAGUCGGGCCUUGCCUCACUACCAUUUCACAGGGAGCUCUAGACCUGUAUCACUGUUGUGAUUGUCAUCCUUAUACAGAACCAGAUGUGUAUAUAUAGGAAAUAUAUCUAUUGAAACAAAAUACUCCAGAGUCUGCCCAACAGAUCUUACCUUUGAUAAAAGCCACAUAACCCUAAACAUUUAGGGCUGGUUUCCCAGAACCAGAUUCCACCUAAGCCUGUUCCUAGACUAAAAAGCACUUUCAAAAUACAGAUUCUCCAUUGAGCAUGCUUUCUAUUCCAGGACUAAGCUUAAUAUUGGUCUGGGAAACCGGCCCUUGAAGCGUAGUGGCUAAUCCAAGGGUAGGAUGUUGGGCAGAGGAGCGUUGAUGCAACAUAUCAGAGUUAUACAUGUUAGUACUCAACUGUAUUAUUGUAUCUAUCCCUGUGCCCUUUCUGUUGCUUCUCUGCACUCUGCGGACCACAAUCGAAGCUGUGGAUAAAAGCCUUUAAAUGUAAGACCUGUAUAUGAGACAUGUAUACGUUUGUGUGUCUGUGAAAUCCAUAGCCGUCUCAAACUAAAGAAAGAAAGCCUUGCCUUAAAAAAAUUACUGAACUAGAUGUUAGAUUUCUUCAAAGCAGCUUGUUUUUGUUUUAUGUAGUUUUUUCUUAGGGAGAACGUUGCCGUUACCAGUCGGUUCUCUGGCCAGUACUUGUUUUAUUAGUCCCAUUUCAGCAGUCUAACUAACAGUCAAUUAAUCUGCAGCCUUCAGAUAAGCAUGGAGCUUCUGUCAUUGGGUGACUUGUCUUCCACUCGUAACUUACUAGGACCUGAUUAGACUGUUUUGUAAGGGUAGGUUGGCAUAUACACAGGGAUUCCAACUGUAACAAUGCGGGGGCCUCCGUAUAGCUCAUUGAAAUUGCAUUGAAAUGGCAUUGUUUUCAUUGAAUACACUUCUUGAUUUUAACCUGCAUAUCAAACAAGGCAAUAUCUCUCUUCCCCUAGUUCAAAGCAGACACUCAGGGGGCACUAUCUGUCAUUCAUGAAAUGACCUCAAGUAUUGUUUUACCCACAGAAAUACUAUGGUUUUCCCAUUACAGUUACUAGGCCUAACUGUCAGUGAGUCAGUUUUAUCUAUGUAAGUAAGUGUUUGAUGGUUACCCCUGUAAUGCACUUCUUCUGUCAUUUCAGAAUAGCAGUAAGGAAACACUUCCUGAUGGUUUACUGAAAACAAGCAACUACUCUUUUUACUGAUUCCGAUUACAUUUCAGUCUAGAAACACUUGCUUAAUAUCAUCUAAUGCUCGUUGUUGUAUUACCUGUCACAUUGGUCACAAACAGAUAUUUUGCACUUCUACAGAAUGCUUCAUGCCCACUUUCGUCAACAAAUAUCUUUUAAUGUUUGACUAGAAAAAGUAUCUUUAAGAACCCCUUGUCUUUAAACCAUUCAGGUCCCCUACUUUGGAAGGGACCGGACAGAUGUAAACAAUAUGGCGAUGGCUCCAGUCCCGAUGAGGUUUGGGGAUAUCUAGAAUAUUGCUCGCACCUAUCUAGUUCCUUCAGAACUUCAGAUUGAAAAACACUAGAGUAGUCAAUAGGAGUUAGGGAUUGAUAGACAAGACUAGGCUCCUCACAGUUUUAGUUUCCCCUAUGAUUAUCCAGACAGGUCUGAUUAUCAGUGGAGAAAUGUGCUGCCACGGCUCAAUGCUAAUCUCAGAACUGUUCUUCUGUGACACUAAAACCAGACUGUAGUAAAAUGUUGUCUGGCUGGCCCUUUGUGCAUAACCAAACACAACAGUCCAGCGUUGCCCAAGGAAUUUGUUUGCUGCAUUACAUACCAUGUUUAUCGGCACUUUGUAAGAUAAUUGUUUUAUACCCCAAGGUAUCACAGUGUCCCAGUUCAUUCAAUUGUAUGUAGAUUUUUUUAGUUUGCACACAAAACCCUGUCUCACUCUUUGUAUAUUCUUCACUUUGCACCUGCCUAUGUUUCUGAUAUCUAUUGAAAUGUACUAAUUGUACUCGUUUACCUUGCAGACUACUUGCUAAAUGUGAAAACAAAGAAUGAGGAAGCAGUUUUGGAUCCUUUUUGCUUCUAGGAUAGUCUGUGGCCAUUGCAAAUCGGUUUAUCCACCUAUAGCUAUAAUGUCAUCACAGUAUUCAUGUAACAGAUUUAUUUAUUCACAAACUUGCAUUUUAAAUUGUCUUUGAUCAGUACUGUACUAUAUUGUGUACUAAAUACAAAUACUGAAUGGAAAA